AUGUUUGUCUUUCCCAAUAAAGUUUGUAUGUAUGUAAAAAUUGAGUCGGCCAUUCUGUCCAACACAUCCCUACUUCACGAGUAUCUGCCCAUCGCUGGCAGUCCUAAAUUUAGGGAGGGGGCCAUCAAUUUGUUGUGGGGUGGCGACAAGGAGUUGAUUGCUAGGUCUGGGGGCGUGCAAGCUCUGGGUGGGACGGGGGCGUUGAGGUUGGGGUUGGAAUUUUUGAGGUCAAGGUUGCAUUAUGAGACCGUCUACGUAUCUAAACCGACUUGGGCUAAUCACAUAGGAAUAUGCAAAUCGUUGUUGUAUCCAAACAUCAAAGAGUAUAAGUAUUGGGAUGAUAAGCUGAGAUGUCUAGAUCUAGAUAAUAUGCUGCAAGAUUUAAAUGCAGCUCCUGAUCGUUCAGUCGUUCUGCUGCAUGCUUGUGCUCACAAUCCGACUGGCAUGGAUCCAACGGCUGAACAGUGGCAUAGAAUAGCUGAAGUUGUUAAGGCCAAGAAAAUGUUUGUCUUCUUCGACUGUGCUUAUCAAGGCUUCUCGAGUGGGGACGUCGACUUGGAUGUCGCUGCGGUCCGCCUGUUCGCCAAGUUGGGCUUCGAGAUGUUCGUCGCCCAGUCCUUCUCGAAAAACUUCGGGCUCUACAGCGAACGUGUAGGCCAGCUGACAUAUCUCGUGCAAUCAGCUGAUAUGCUGCCUAGACUGGCUAGUAACUUUUCGACGAUAGUUAGGCAGAUUUGGUCGAACCCCCCGGCGCAUGGGUCCGCCAUCGUGUCUGCGGUCUUGAAUGACCAGGUCCUCACCAACGAGUGGAAGGAGACGGUCAAAAGUAUGGCCGGUCGUAUCCAGGCUAUGAGGAGGCUGCUGUUUGACAGGUUGGUGGCCCUUAAGACUCCGGGCACGUGGGAUCACAUCGUGAAACAAAAUGGGAUGUUUAGUUUCACCGGAUUGGAUGCCAACCAGGCGGACUACCUGAUCAAUACGCACCACAUCUACCUGAUGAAAGACGGCAGGAUCAACAUGUGUGCCAUCACCACAAGAAACGUCGACUAUGUAGCCGAGUGCAUCCAUGACGCUGUCGUCAAGUUCCUGAGAGGUUCUGGAGAGGGCGCCUUCCACGAUCCGAAAAGUGGAAAGUAG